UUUAUCUAUCAGUCUGUCUGUCUGUCUGUCAGCUGACCCACUGUCAUAUUCAGAUGACCACAGUGCAUGUGAUCCCUGAAGGUCAGCUGUUCUUUCAGAGCGAUCACGCAGAUGUCAUGUGAGGUUUAAGCGGGUGUCCAGUAGGGGGCAGUAAUGUUCCUGUCAUAAUCAACAGAAAGCAUCAAAUAACAGAUAAAGUAAAAGUGAAUGCAGUGAUACUGUGAGUCACAGCAGGUCCAUUACCUAACUGAGGUGUUCAGAUGUUUACAGGAGAAACAGAGAGACUGGUGUGAGGAGAUCUGAUCUGUCCAAGACACGUUCACUGACAAAGCAGAAUGUUUCACAGCUGUUGGGAAAAUGUGCACCCAGAACUUCAGAGACUGUUCUUCAAAACUUCUUUCCUUUCUACUCACGUCUUGGUUUGCUAACUGUGCAGUUCCUCAGAAUAUAUCUGCUCGAGAGGGAUUCACUGUUGUCCUGCCGUGUAAAUUUAAGGUCAUGUCUCUCCAGAGACUGUAUGUCAAGUGGCGCACGGAUCAAAAGGUGGUGUUUAUACGUCUGGAUAACGACUCGUAUCAGGGUGAAGGAUACGAGGGUCGUGUGGACGUUCCUGAGGAAGAGCUGCGUAAAGGGAACUGCUCUCUGGUGAUGAAGAACAUCAGUGUUACUGAUGCAGGAAUCUACAGGAGCCACCUGAAGACGUUCACUCAGAGUGUAGAACUCUCAGUCGAUGAAACCCCAGAAAAGCCAUCUGUCUCAGGUGACGCAGUAGUGAACUCUCCUCAUCCGCUGGUCAUCAUCACAUCACUGCUCACCUUUUUACUCUUUCACUCCUGUAGCAAGGAGUUAAAGUCAUCACAGCCUCCUGUGUAGUGAAGACUCAGAUAUACACUGUAAAAAACACUGUAAACUUUUCACCUGGAGGAAAAUUCACCUUUCUGUUAAACGUCUGCAGUGUUGAACCAUCGUGUCAUGAUCUAACAAUCCAUCAGGAUCAGGAUCAGGAUCAGACAGAUAGCAGGAAAAACAGCUGCUUUAGAUAUUAGAGGAAAAAAUCAGUGAAUUAAUUCUGAUCCUGAAACAAAUAGAAAAGUUUGAAUUUGGAAUUAGAUUUUUAGAUGCUGUUAAUGUUUACAUCUGUUUCUUUAGUUUAUUCAUAUUGGAUAGAUUCUUUUGGCUUUAUUAUGUGUAAAGUUUAUACUAAUUACUGGUGUCAUGUUUCUAGAUUUUUAUUGGUUCCAGUAUUUAAGAAAUAUUUUAUAGCUUAGUAACUUUUCAUGAAAAACAAACCAAACAAACAAAAAACAAACAGUACAGGAACUUUGCUGCUCCUCAAGGUUUCAGUAACAUUAUAAAAAAGAUUAAAAGUUGUUUUGUGCCAAAUCUAAUAGAUAUAAAACCACAUGUGAAAAAUCAUCACUGUACUGUUCUCUGGCCAGAUGUGUAACUCUGCAGCUCUACACACUGUCCUCUGGCCAGAUGUGUAACUCUGUCUCAGUUUCCAGCACUGAAGGGAAAUGUUGCUGAUUUUUUUUUUUUACCAAUGUAGCUUUCAAAGAAAUACUAGAUGUUUUUGUAGUUUUUUUUUUUUUUUUUUUUUUAACUUUGAGCAUUUAGAACUUUAUACUUUGCAAAAGGAAACAAAAAGAAAAACCAUCAGACCUUCACUGUGUCGUUCAGAACAGGUUCCUGUGAGGAAAUACAGGCUUCAUGAGCAUGACGUUAUAUAUUGAGCAGAAUCUUCCAUAAUGUGAAGUUAAUGGAGUUAGUUGUAACUUUUGUCUACAAGUCUAUAUAAGGAGGAGUGUCUGUUGUAUUUAACUGGGAAAAAAUCAUAAAUAAAUUACUUGAUUAAAAACUUAAA